GUGCACGCGGGCGCGCUCUUUCCCCCUCCGCUCUGGUGCGCGCGCCCGCCUCUCGGCUGCUGCGAAGCGGGAACGCGCCAGGUUGAGCCAAGCAGGAGCCCGCUGCUCUGCCUGUCGGGUCGUGUUGUUUUUCUCCCCUUCUCUCGUCCUCCAGCCCACCCGGCGCUGCGUGAGAGCCGGCGCUACCACAUGCCCUGCUGCUAGCUCUCUCGACGGCCUUUCGUCUGUGCAGCGUCACUCUUUGCCAAGCUGCCUUCGUUUAACACGGCCCCUACACAGCGUGCGUUGGCGGGGCUCUCACCCCCAGCCAGCCCACCCGCCUCCUCCCUCCCCCAUCCUCGCUGCGAUAAACUUUGGUGGUCGUGAGCAGCCGAGAGAACGAGAAGAAGGUAGCUCGGCGGCAGCAGGUCUUUGCCACGGGGCUCCUCCGAGGAUGGAAGCUGGCGCCGCGUAUGGGGCUGGCAAAGCCGGGGGCGCUUUCGACCUGCAGACCUUCAUCCGGCAACCUCACACCAUCCUCCGGAUGGUUUCCUGGCUUUUCUCCAUUGUUGUGUUUGGCUCCAUUGUGAACGAAGGCUACCUUAACCAUCAAGAUGAAUCAGAGGAGUUUUGCAUCUUCAAUCGCAACCAGGAUGCCUGCGGUUACGGUAUCACCGUGGGAGUCCUUGCCUUCCUCAGCUGCCUUCUUUACCUGGCACUAGAUGUCUACUUUCCACAGAUCAGCAGUGUCAAAGAUCGCAAGAAAGUUGUACUCUCCGAUAUUGGUGUGUCUGGCUUGUGGGCAUUCCUCUGGUUUGUCAGUUUUUGUUUCCUGGCUGACCAAUGGCGAGUUUCAAAACCAGAAGACAAUCCGAUGAAUGAAGGAACAGAUGCAGCCCGGGCAGCCAUUGCAUUCUCUUUUUUCUCCAUUUUCACCUGGGUGGGCCAGUCAUUUCUGGCAUUCCAGCGAUACCUGCUUGGUGCCGAUUCGGCCAUCUUCUCCCAGGACUACAUGGACCCGAGCCAGGAGGCUGGCAUGCCUUAUGCGCCCUACACAAAUGAGGAUGACACUACAGCUAGUAUGGGGACGUACCAGCAGCCUCCUUCGCUGGAUGCUUUUGAUGCUGACACACAGGGGUACCAAACACAGAACUACUGAGAGCUGUCGGGGAGCUCCUCUCCCCUCCCCUCCCCUCUGCCCACUCUUCUCUGCCACCAACAAGCCAAGGUGCAAAACAGACACGUGUGUUUUGGAGCAGCAGGUGGCUCUGAGCCACCCUCCAGCCUUCUAGGGUCUUUGUUUUUAAUUUCGUAGUUUUUUAAACUGAAAAACCUAAUGCCUCACUGCUCCUCUGAAUUCUCUACCGAGAUUGAAUUGUUGAAUCCAAAGCGUUUCACUGUCUUUGUUUAAAGAGAGAAUCUUCUUUCCCUUUCUAUAGAAAGCUGCCGUGGGAAGAGAUCUGGCUCUUACUUUCUGUAAGGGGUAAAGAGGGAAGGACCUGAACGCACAACAGCUGGGUUGGAAUAGGUGAUGGGCCAGAGAUGGAGCCAGAGUCUGUGCGUGAGUGCAAACAGCAAAGACAGGGAACGGGACUUGGAUGAGCAGACAAAACUGUAUGUUCAGGGUGACAGUGAGCACAGGGGCAUGCAGUCAGGCAAAGGUGGAUGAGGCAGAAGGCAGUGGAGGGUGGACAUGGGAUGCACAGAGCGAGAGAUGUCAAGUAGGCCUGAGAUUACCUUUUCACCAAGUUCGGCUUUAGGGCCCACGUCAACUCCCAACUUGACAGUUCCAAACUUAAAAAAAAAAAGACAUUGGCCUCUCUCAGAUUUGGUUAAUUUGUAUGGAUAUUUUUUCCAAGGUUAGCUUUAUCGGCAUUUUCCCCCCAUGGGAAAUCUGCCAUGGAUGGCUUCUGUCAUAAGUGUGGACUGCAGUUGGCCACUCUCUCAGCUUGCUCUUUGAAGUGCUCGACAGCAUUCUGACUGCGUGGCAGAAGUACUGCAUGACCAUCUUGCUAUGAACAAAAUGGCAGGUGGAAGGUAAACCAAGCUGAACAGGGACAGGGAGAAGAGCUAUGACAGUUUGCUUUAGUCAUGGGGUAUUGGUUUAUAUUUGUGGGGAGUGGGUAAAAACUCCUCCUCCAGCCCUCUUAUCACACAGUCUAAUGUAUUGACCAAUUUUUAAUUGUCAGUUUACUGAGAAAAAGGUGUUGAGAGUAUAUAUGUGCUUCGGGGGUGUAUGAGAGAACUUGUUGGCACUUAUCAACAUGGGCAGGAACAUGUCAAUGUCCACCAAGUAAGCUGAUUAUUUUUACAUGGUGAAAUCAACAUGGAUUUCCCCCCCAGUGUGUUUUGGCAUGUGGAACUAUGGUUUAUAAAUGCUCCAACAUGUGACUUGUUCAUUACUGAACACAGUGUUGGGCUAAAAUUGCAUGGAAUCCCAAAUCCAAAAGAGAGGCUGUUUUCAGAUUUAGAUGCCCAGUUAAUAAGGCUUCCACCAGGGUUAGAUACAGAAUCUCUG